GGAGAGGGUCCGGGACAAAAGGCCGCGCGGAGCGGACUCGGGACACAGCCGGCGCGCAGCCCACCCGCCCGCCGCCUGCCGGAGCUGCUCCGCCCGCAGCCACCGGGACCGCCGCCGGUCAGAGGCUCGCAGUGCUGGCAGCGAGAAGCAGUCGGGUUUGGAGCGCUUGGGUCGCGUUGGUGCGCGGUGCAACGCGCCCAGGGACCCCGGUUCCCGCGAGCGGCUCCGCGCCGCGCCUGGAAGACUAAGCUGAAACUGCUGCUCAGCUCCCAAGAUGGUGCCACCCAAAUUGUGUGUGCUUUUCUGCCUCUGCGGCUGCCUUGCUGUGGUUCAUCCUUUUGACUGGCAAUACCUAAAUCCUGUUGCCCAUAUGAAAUCAUCAGCGUGGGUCAACAAAAUACAAGUACUGAUGGCUGCUGCAAGCUUUGGCGAAGCUAAAAUCCCUAAGGGAAAUGGGCCUUAUUCCGUUGGUUGUACAGACUUAAUGUUUGAUCACACUAAAAAGGGCACCUUCUUGCGAUUAUAUUAUCCAUCCCAAGAUGAUGAUCGCCUUGACACCCUUUGGAUCCCAAAUAAGGAGUAUUUUUGGGGUCUUAGCAAGUAUCUUGGAAAACACUGGCUUAUGGGCAACAUCUUGAGUUUACUCUUUGGUUCAGUGACAACUCCUGCAAACUGGAAUUCCCCUCUGAGGCCUGGUGAAAAAUACCCACUUGUUGUUUUUUCUCAUGGUCUUGGAGCAUUCAGGACAAUUUAUUCUGCUAUUGGCAUUGACCUGGCAUCUCAUGGGUUUAUAGUUGCUGCUGUAGAACACAGAGAUAGAUCUGCAUCUGCAACAUACUAUUUCAAGAACCAAUCUGCUGCAGAAAUAGGGAAAAAGUCUUGGCUCUACCUUAGAACCCUGAAAGAAGAGGAGGAGAUACAUAUACGAAAUAAGCAGGUACGACAAAGAGCAAAAGAAUGUUCCCAAGCUCUCAAUUUGAUUCUUGACAUUGAUCAUGGAAAGCCAGUGAAGAACGCAUUAGAUUUAAAGUUUGAUAUGGAACAACUAAAGGACUCUAUCGAUAGGGAAAAAAUAGCAGUAAUUGGACAUUCUUUUGGUGGAGCAACGGUUAUUCAGACUCUUAGUGAAGAUCAGAGAUUCAGAUGUGGUAUUGCCCUUGAUGCAUGGAUGCUUCCACUGGGUGAUGAAGUAUAUUCCAGAAUUCCUCAGCCCCUCUUUUUUAUCAACUCUGAAUAUUUCCAAUAUCCUGCUAAUAUCAUAAAAAUGAAAAAAUGCUACUCACCUGAUAAAGAAAGAAAGAUGAUUACAAUUAGGGGUUCAGUCCAUCAGAAUUUUGCUGACUUCACUUUUGCAACUGGCAAGAUAAUUGGACGCAUGCUCAAAUUAAAGGGAGAUAUAGAUUCAGAUGUAGCGAUUGAUCUUAGCAACAAAGCUUCAUUAGCAUUCUUACAAAAGCAUUUAGGACUUCAUAAAGAUUUUGAUCAGUGGGACUGCUUGAUUGAAGGAGAUGAUGAGAAUCUUAUCCCGGGGACCAACAUUAAUACAACCAAUCAACACAUCGUGUUACAGAGCUCUUCAGGAAUAGAGAAUUAGAAUUAGGAUUAAAACAGUUUUAAAAGUCUUGCUUCAAAACUGCCUAAAAUUAUGUCUGUGUGUGUGUGUGUCUGUGAGAGAGAGAGAGAGAGAGACAGAGAGAGAGGCAGAGAGAGAGAGAGAUUUUUAAUGUAUUUUCCCAAAGGACUCAUAUUUUAAAAUAUAGGCUAUACUGUAAUUGUGAUUGAAGCUUGGACUAAGAAUUUUUUCCAUUUAGAUGUAAAGAAAGAAUACAGCAUACAACGUUCAUAUCAGCCUAAA